AUGUCAUCAAAGAAGGCGUUUGACGUGUUGAGCAAACUCUUCAAGGGAUACCAAGGAAACGAGUCAUUUCAACGAGUCGCCGCUGCAUGCCGAGUCGUGACCGCCGAGCCGACGGGGAAAGUUCGUGUCGAGUUUGAUGUGGCCAAAGAGAUGACGAAUCCGUUCGGGACACUGCACGGCGGAUACACGGCAACACUCAUCGAUAUUGUCACAACCACCGCUCUGAUUGCAGCCGAACGGCCGCCCGGUGUCUCCGUCGAUUUGCACAUUUCUUACCUCUCCGCGGCGAAGAUCGGCGAAACAGUGGUGAUGGAUGCCGAGGUGAUCAGGGCCGGUCAGUCAACCGCUUUCACGAAAGCCUCUCUCUUCAUCAAAGGCACCGAUAAAUUGAUCGCCACCGGAUUGCACACAAAAGCCUUGCCGAGGGUGAAAAGUGAAAAGAAA